UUAUUUGCUGUUUCUUAGAUAAAAUAUAAAACCAUUUAGUAAACGAACGUUCAAAUUUCAGAUUGAUUAAUUGUGUCGAUAAUCUUGAUAUGGCAUCCACUGCUAAAGUAAUUGAACAUUUGCAGCAGAAUCAUAAGCUUUACGUUGAGAGGUUGAAAGAAUGGGUAGCUAUCCAGAGCGUGUCUGCCAGUCCCGCCCAGAGACCUGAAGUAAUUCGAAUGGUUAACUUUGUCAAAGCCGAAUGGGAUAAACUUGGUGCUGAAACCACAUUGAAAGACAUUGGCAUGCAAAAGACUCCCGAGGGCGAAAUUCCACUGCCUCCGAUCCUUCUGGGAAAACUGGGAAACGACCCUAAAAAGAAGACAAUCUGUGUGUACGGACAUUUGGACGUACAACCAGCCGCUCUCUCCGAUGGCUGGAACACGGAACCGUUUGAUUUGACAAUUGAUGCUGAAGGUAGGAUGUUUGGCAGAGGAUCUUCCGAUGACAAAGGUCCAGUACUUGGCUGGCUGAAUGUAGUGGAAGCGUUUAAAGCGUGCGAAGUUGAGCUUCCAGUGAACCUGAAAUUCAUUUUUGAGGGCAUGGAGGAAAGUGGAUCUGAUGGUCUUCAGGAAUUAGUCUAUGAUGAAAAGGAUAAGUUUCUGCAAGGCGUUGAUUACGUGUGUAUAUCUGACAAUUACUGGCUGGGCAAAAACAAACCCUGUUUGACUUAUGGACUCCGUGGAAUGGCAUAUUUCUUCGUGUCUGUCCAAUGCGCAUGCAAAGAUCUUCAUUCUGGUGUCUAUGGAGGCGCAGUUUCGGAAGCCAUGACUGAUCUUGUAAACCUAAUGUCAAGCCUGGUUGAUAACAAAGGCAAAAUUUUGGUGCCUGGAAUUUACGAUAUGGUCGCACCAGUUUCAGAGGACGAAAAACUUGUGUACCCAAAACUUGACUUCGACCCGGAACAUUUCAAGAACGAAAUUGGAGCGACCAAAUUGAUCCACGAUUCGAAAGAGUUGCUCAUGAUGAACAGAUGGCGAUUCCCAUCUCUGUCACUCCAUGGUAUCGAAGGUGCUUUUGCGGAUCCAGGGUCCAAAACGGUCAUUCCUCGAAAGGUCACUGCGAAGUUUUCUAUCCGACUUGUCCCAAACAUGGACGAAGAAAAAGUGGAAAAACUUGUAAAGACUCAUCUUGAAAGUGUUUUUGCGAAAUUAGGCAGCCCGAAUAAGUUAGAAAUUGUAUUGGAACACGGCGUCCAAGCAUGGUUGGCAGAUUUUAAUGACCCACAGUUCAAAGCAGGACGAAUUGCGUGUAAGAACGUGUUUGGAGAGGAGCCGGAUCUGACGCGAGAAGGCGGGAGUAUUCCAGUCACUCUUUUCUUCCAAGACGCCCUCAAGAAAAGUGUAAUGUUGCUGCCAAUGGGCGCAUGUGACGACUCGGCCCACUCGCAAAACGAGAAGCUAGACCAGAGAAACUACUUCAAAGGAAUGGAGUUGUUCGCUGAGUACCUGACUCAAGUUGCGCUAAUUGAUGCUUAAGUAAACUGAUGAGAACUGAAAUUGACUGUUGUGAAUUAUUCGAGAUAUACGCAGUGUAAAUUAGAGCUUUAUUCUUGCUUCUUCCUAAUAUGCUCAAAUUAAACUAUUUAGAAUGCG